CUCCGCAAAACCACGCAAGACGAGAUGCCCCCUCUCAACCUCCCAACCAUCCUCACGCCGGCUCUCGUCCACUCCAUCCGCAGCCAACCGCAUCUGCCCCGACACGUGUGGUACUAUGUGACGGGCGUGACACUAUCCGCGCUAAACCGGCCUGACGAAGUCCCCAAGGUCCUGGCCUACGCGCUCGAAAACGGCGCCGAGGCACCCACGACCACUUCUGCGCCCACACCCACUGCAGCGCCAGAGCGUCACGAGCGCUCAGCCACCACCACCACCGCCGCCGUCGCCGAAGAUGCCGCCGAGCAGCUGCGCAUUGCCCGGCGCAUGAGAGAGGGGCUGGUGAAGUCGGCCGCCGUGCUGGGUGUGCCCAAGGCCAUCAAUGCGCUGCUGGCGCUCAAGGCGAUGACACCGGAGUACUUGCUCGAUGAAGCCGGCGCGCCGUCGCCCACCCAGCGCCGCGCCGAGAUGUACGACACCCCGCCUACGGAGAUCCUAGGCCGGGGGCAGCGGUACUUCGAGCGCGUGUACGGCAAGGUGGCCCGUCGGGUGAUGGGUCAGAUGGAUCGGUCCGGCACGGAGGAUCUGGGGCUGACGGGCAGGCUGGUGUAUGGGUAUCUACUCAGCAACGAGAGGGUGCUUGACGCGCGGGACAGCAGCUUCGUGUUGGUUGCCGCACUGAUACCGCAGGAUGUCAAUCCUCAGUUGAAGGGGCAUCUCAGAGGCGCGUUGAACAACGGCGCCACGGCCGACGAGGUCAGAGCCGUACGCGAGAUUGUCAUCAGGAUAUGCGAAGCAUCCGGGAUGCGAAUGCUCGAAGCAGAGGCGCCCGGUGGGUGGGGAUGGAGAGAGGAGAUUGCUAACGUGUAAGAAAGGCAAGCAGAGACAGAGCGCGCGAAGACGGGCAGAUUCAGAGAGGAGGCUUCUCGAUACUCCUUUCUCUCUCUCUCUCUCUUUCUCGCCCUCUCGCACAACUGAGCCUGCACCCGAGCCUUUGCCGGUCAUUGCUAUUCUAGGACAUGUCAUUGUCGCCUGUGCAGUCUGGGCAUGCACACGUCGGAGGUUUGAUGGCGGCAGAGUGACUUACCCGAUGACCAUUCAAGGAGCUUUGCAGUGCCAUCCGCCUCAGCCUCCUGCAACCUCCAACCUCCAA